GCUCAUCAACACCCACGGCGGGGGUUCGUUUGGAAUUCCAUCAUCGCUUCCGCUCAUUAUUAUUGACUUUCAACCAAAACGACGCAUUGGCUCCCUGUGGGGGUGUGAUCAACUUCUGCUAGGGACUGCUGUGAUCCAGACCCCCACGAGAUAGUCCUCUGCGAUUCGCAGCCGUCAUCGCGUGAAAUAUGGCCAUGAUGAUGUGCUUCCCGCCAUGUGCGGUGCCUUGCGCGCCGUUGACAACUUUAAAUAAUCCAGCCAGUGCUCGAAUGCGCCGUGGUCGAAAACCCAUAUCCACUUUGCAAAGGUGAAGUUGGUCGACCUCUGCAGGGAUACCCUCUUUCAAGCUGCCUCAGCGCAUAUUGCCCUUUGGCUCUGGGCGCCCUCAACAAACGAUGGCGGACGUAAAAGAAACGAAAGGGCCCGACUUCGAUCCACCUCGGGAGAAGUAUGAUAGUUCUCCAGCAGAAAGCAAUAUCGCGGACGACUAUGCCGAUAUAAACGAAAAAUCGCUUCUUCGAAAACUCGACUACAAACUACUUCCUCCAUUGACGAUACUGUACCUUUUGUCUUUUCUUGAUCGAAGUAAUGUCGGCAACGCUCGUCUAGAAGGAUUGACCGACGAUAUUGGCAUGAGUGGAAACCAAUAUCUCACUGGUUUAACCUUGUAUUUCGUCGGUUAUGUCGUGUUUGAGGUCCCCUGCAAUAUUAUACUGAAAAAGACAACUCCCCGGAUAUGGCUUCCAACCCUCACUCUGAUCUGGGGCAUUGUUGCGACCCUGCUUGGUGUUGUAAAUAACUAUGCAGGAUACCUCACCUCGCGAACAGCUCUUGGUGUUGCCGAAAGCGGUUUAUUCCCCGGUGUGGUCUUCUAUCUAUCUAUGUGGUAUAAGCGAAACGAACAGCACUACCGCGUGGCUUUGUUUUUCAGUGCCGCUUCACUUGCUGGUGCUUUUGGUGGGAUUCUUGCUUGGGGUAUUGCGCACAUGGAUGGUGUCGGCGGCUACGCUGGUUGGCGGUGGAUUUUCAUCCUGGAAGGGCUAUUAACGGUGGUAAUGUCUGCCGUUGCCUACGUUUGGGUCUACAACUAUCCAGCUACCGCGGAAUUCUUGUCAGACAAGGAGCGUAGCUAUAUCACCUUUCGCCUGAAGCACGAUAAUGAUGCGACACGAGAGGAGAAAUUCACUUGGGGAGCAGUUGUAGAUGCUGUCAAAGACCCCAAGGUCUGGUUGUACGGACUUGGUUUCCACUCAAUGUCACUUCCCUUAUACACCCUCUCUCUAUUCCUGCCCACAAUCAUCAAGGAACUUGGCUACAGCGCGGCCAAAGCCCAGCUCCUUACCGUCCCUCCCUACGCACUCGGGUUUGUAACGACGAUUACUGUCGCUAUCCUUUCUGAACGCACUAGGCGACGGGCGCCCUACAUAAUGGGCUCCUCUGCGUUCGCUUGCAUUGGUUAUAUCAUUCUCCUUGCUGGACGCAAACCCGGUGUAUCAUAUCUUGGGACAUUUUUCUGCUGCGCGGGAAUCUAUCCCGCCGUAGCAAUUGUUCUAUCCUGGCCCGCCAACAAUGUCUCUGGCCAGACAAAGCGAGCCAUUGCCAACGCCAUGCAAAUAUCCAUCGGUAACCUCGGUGCUGUCCUUGGAACACAGUUGUACCGGACGGAAAGUAGCCCUCGAUACUUUGUGGGCCAUGGAUUCGCACUAGGGUAUCUUGUGGCGAACAUAACCGUCGUAUUCAUCCUGUGGCAGGUACUCAACCGUGAGAAUGCAAAGAAGGCGGAGAUUAGGGAACGUGAAGGUCUCCAGGCACUGAUGGGAGAUAUUGGUGAUGCGGAAGGCGAAUUCCAAGGCGACAAGGAUCCUCGAUGGAUCUUCCAGACUUGAAGAUAGACCUUGUGUUAUAGAAUCGGCGAAAAUACCGACGCGGAGCCAUCCGCUGUAAUCGAGACCUAUUUAUUGAGUAUUAGAUCGCAAUGGUUGGUUCAAACAGCCAUAUAAUUAGUAACUGGCAAAAACCCUGAAGUUUGUG